AUGACUGCAACAACAAUCAUCAGAGAUCCAGCAGAGGUCAACACUAUCAGAGACACUGACACUGGAGGAGGAGAAGGAGAAGGAGAGAGUGUGUCCAGCUCUAUGUGUGGUCUGGUUGCUGAUGGGAUUGUUCAGCACACAGCUGUAGGUGUUUUUAUCCUGAUAUUCCACCUCCAGAGUCAGGCUGUGGUUGAUGUGGACGAUGAAUCGACUGAUAAAAAGUUCCUUCUUCCCCAGUGUGGUUGUCGAUUGAGGACUUUCCAACAGCAGGAGUUUUUGAGAGCUUCUGGUGUUGAUACUGACAGAGUGUCAGUGAUGGAGGGAGAUUCAGUCACUCUAAACACUGGUGUUCAAACAAACCAACAAGUAGAUAUUAGAUGGUAUUAUAAUGACAUUUGCAUCGCUCAAAUCAAUGGAGAUCUUAAUAAGACCUGUACAGAUGUUAAGUGUAAUGAAGAUAAUGAGAUAUUCAGAGACAGACUGAAGCUGGAUCAUCAGACUGGAUCUCUGACCAUCACAAACAUCACAAACACAGACUCUGGAGAAUAUACACUACAGAUCUUCAGCAGCGGCGACAGUGAAACGAUCUUCAAUGUUAAUGUCCAAGGUGUUUCUGCUGCUGAAAUAGAUGAAGUGAAGAGAAACGAGGGAGAAUCUGUUUCUUUUGAUCCUCCUGUAGCAAGAAAACCAAAUGAUGUGAUGCUGUGGUAUUUUAAUGACACUCACAUCACUGAAAUCACUGGAAAUCUCAGUGAUAUCUGUACAGAUGUUCAGUGUAAUGAAGAUAAUGAGAGAUUCAGAGACAGACUGAAGCUGGAUCAUCAGACUGGAUCUCUGACCAUCACACACACCAGAAACACAGACUCUGGAGAAUAUAAACUACUGAUGAUCUUCAUCAACAGCAGCUUCAGCAUCACUAGAGUGAAGAGAUUCAAUCUUACUGUCAUUGAUGUUCCAGAUUCAGGUCGGUCUUCAGGAGCUGGAGCAGGAAUAGUUGCGGUUGUUCUGCUGGUGUUUGUUGUUGUUGUUGCUGCUGGUGUGAUUUACUACCGUCGCAGACAGAGACAUAUAGCAGUACCACAGAGUAUGCAGACGAUCCCAAUGAGUGCAACAACAAUCAUCAGAGAUCCAGCAGAGAUCAACACUAUCAUAGACACUGAGACUGGAGGAGAAGAGUGUGUGUCUGUGUAA